AUGCCGGCAGAAAAGCGCAACAAUUUCCUCGACGCCGAGGACAGCGAUGACGAUGUUCGCGGCUACGAGUCCGAGGAGGAAGUCCGCAAGGGCAGCACCAAGAGGAGGCGCAUAGAUGACGACGAUGCCUCAAGCGAUGACGAGAAUGAUGCGGCGAGCAUUGGAGACGAAGAGUCGGACGAGGAAGAGUCCGAGCGCAAGCCGAAAAGGAACAGCCAAAAGACUGAGCCAGAGGAAGAAGAGGAAGAAGAAAGCGCAUUAUCAAGUCGCAAGAAGCAAAAGCUCGACGAGCUACCUGGCAUUUCGAAGCCCUUGACCAAGAAGAACCUCGUUGCUACCGAAGCCGCCAUCAAAAAAUCCGGCGUUGUAUAUAUCUCUAGAGUUCCCCCAUUCAUGAAACCACAAAAGCUGCGAUCUCUACUAGAGCCAUAUGGAACCAUUAACCGCAUUUUUCUAUCCCCCGAGGACCCUGCAGAGCACUCGAGACGUGUAAAGAAUGGAGGUAACAAGAAGCGGUCCUUUACGGACGGCUGGGUCGAAUUUGUCAAGAAGAAGGAUGCCAAGGCAGCGGUCGAUCUUCUCAGAGGCCAGGUCAUUGGAGGAAAGAAGGGUUCAUUCUAUCGUGAUGACUUGUGGUCGCUUUCUUACUUGAAAGGCUUCAAAUGGCACAAUCUCACAGAGCAGAUAUCUGCCGAAGCUGCUGAGAAGUCCAACAGAAUGCGAGCCGAAAUUUCCAAGUCCACUAAGGAGAACAAGGAGUUUGUGCAGAAUGUGGAGAAGGCAAAGAUGCUUAACGGAAUCCAGUCGAAAAAGAAGCAGAGGGAGGGAGGGGGUCAUGCUGUCGAUCAGCAGAGCCGGCGAACCUUUGAACAAUCAGCAGUCGCCAAGAAGCCAGCAUCCGAGAAGCUAUCCGAAGGGUCCAAACGUGUUGCAAGCAUGUUGUUCUAG